GGCAGGCGGAAGAGGAAAUGGUGAGGGUGCGUAGCCGCACUUACGGGCCUCAUCCGGGAGAGGGCGGUAGAGCUCUGAUCCGGAGGCCCCACUCAAGAGAGGCUGCCUUGCAUUACUCAGCACCUAGAGCAUCCUGAAGGCAAAAUGACAGGAGCAUGAGCUACAGAGUGCAACACAAGUUCGUCUCUGAGCGAUGAAGAGAACUUGAAAGUGUUUGGGAAAUGCAGCAAUCCACAUGGCCAUGGGCACAACUAUAAAGAUUGAUCCUGCUACAGGGAUGGUUAUGAAUUUGACCGACCUCAAAGAUUACAUGGAGGAGGCCAUCAUGAAGCCCCUUGAUCACAAGAACCUGGACCUGGAUGUGCCGUACUUUGCAGAUGUGGUAAGCACGACAGAAAAUGUAGCCGUCUAUAUCUGGGAAAACCUCCAAAAACUUCUUCCAAUGGGAGCCCUUUAUAAAGUAAAAGUGUAUGAAACUGAUAACAACAUUGUGGUCUAUAAAGGGGAACAGAUCUGAGGGUUAGUAUUGCAGAAAGGUUAAUUUCUUUCCAUUUUUGAAAAAAUUCUUCAUUAUUUUAGAAUACACAGCAGUUACCACGUACUUUUGUCUUCAUG